GUAAGCAGUGUAUAAAGUAAGGUGAAGCUAGAAUUAAAAAGAAAAAGUUUAGACACUCAAAGUCUUUGGGGGAAAUAAAUAGAAGCGUGCUUUUUUAUCCGGGAGACAUUGGUUUCUGUGUGGAGAAGACUAAAUCGAGGAAACGUUUGUCAGAAAAUAUGUCAGCUUUUGUCAGACCUUUGACGUCUUUUCUCAUCCAAGACAUUUUGGCAAACAGGGAAGACGAUACAUUUUUCCCCAAAACCUGCAGCAACCGGGUGGAAGAAUUCUCUACUAGAGAAGAGCGCUCUGCCGCUGUAGUCGCAAAGUUACCUUUUGGGGAGUUUGAGCUGAGUGGGGAAAACGAGAAAAAAGAAGUGGCAGAAAUUGUUCAGGAUUUUAGCAAUGUUAUAAAAACCGACUCGCAAGAAGUGGGACUAACAACAGCUGGCGUGUCACCCACUCACGGAGAGAAAGAAUGGAGCAGAUCGUCCUGUCCCACUACAUCAGACCACGCAAGCCAAGGAGUGUCCGCCAAACAGAAGCGCUCGAGGGCCGCCUUCACUCACCUGCAGGUGCUAGAGCUUGAGAAGAAGUUCAGCCACCAGAAGUACCUGUCGGCCCCGGAACGAGCCCACUUAGCACACAGCCUCAAACUAACCGAGACCCAGGUCAAGAUCUGGUUCCAGAACAGAAGGUACAAAACCAAGCGGAAGCUGCUGACUGCCGAGUACGGUAUGGACCCCCUCCAAAAGCAAUCACCGUUCCUGCCCACAGAAGAUCUGAUCAGAGCGUCCCUGCUGAAAUCCAUGUACAAGGCCUACCAUUAUCAUCCAUACCUCUACGGAAUGAAUGCCUGGAGCCGUGCCGCGUGGUGAAAUCGCUGUCCAGUCGAACAUUUAUUUAAUGAAUGAAUACAAGUAGUAAUGUAUACCAAUUCAAACAGGCGUUGUUGCUCUUUAAAUGUAUUGUCAAUUAUAUUGUCGGUUUAACAGAUCCACAUGCAUGCAUUCCCCUAUAGAAUAAGGUUUUAGUUUUUCAAAAGACUGUUUUAAAUUUAUCUGGUAUGAGCCUGCAACCCAUUGUUUGCACUUGCAUUAAGUUUUGGGUAAUACGUUCUUUAACUUUUGCAUUUUAAGGAAGCAGUCGUUUUAACAACAUCAUUUCUAAUAUGUAAUGCUAUUUAUGUUCUACACAACCGUACAUGUAACUGCUACACAAUGAGUUAAAUGUAUUUAUUUAAGCAAUAAUUGACCAAAGGCUGUUAUACAGAUUUGGAAGAAGACAAAUAUUUGACAUUGACUUUUCUAUAUUAGAAAUAUUUAUCAAGCUGGGGGUUUGUUUUAAAAACCAAUAUUUAAUGUUUAUUUUUAUUUUGAUCUUUUCAACUUUUGCAAGCUGUAUUAUCUGCUAUGGAUUAGCUGUACACACACGUGUUUUUUUUGUUUUUUUUUCACUAAAUCGGCCGCUAUUGAAUACUAGUGUUGGACCAAAGUAUUAUUUGUUCAUCCUGCUUGUAACACAUUUGUUCAUGGCUAAAUCCGGGCCAUUUUCGUGUACAAAAUAUAGCGAAAGUCGUCUAUCACAUGCUGUGUCUUCUAAUCUUAAAAUUAGGAAUUGCACGUGUUUUGUACAAACUCUUUGUAAUAUAUAUUUUUUUUAAGUGUGUGUGAGUGAUAUGUGUCUACUGUCAUUUUUAUAUUUUUUUAAAAUAAAUAA